AUGUUUAUCCCGCAGACAAUUCAUGCCCUUAGUAUGAUGCAGAGUUCCGUGGCCAUGCUAGCACUGGCUUCAUUAGCAGUCCUCGUCGUGUCUCAUCAUAGAAGAAACGGGCAGUUCCUCACCGAGUCGCAAGAAGAGAUGAUCCUCAUCGGGGCGUUCGGGCUGUUCUCGUUCGGUGCGUGCGUUCCCGGAGCUUCGACGAGUCGCAAGCGUGAUUUUGAGACACCCGCCGCGCACACAGCCGUUCUGAUAGCUCUGCGCGCCUUUAGGCAGCGCACCAUGGACCCGGGCCAGGCGAGCGAGACGAGCCUCGCGGGUGCGAUGCGGGAAGGGCGGGCGAAAUCCGCGAUGGAACCAGGGUUCACGCGCGGGCGGAGACCGUACUACUGUUCGAGCGAUGCUGCGUACUGCGUGGUGGAGGAGUGGACGUACUUCUGA